CGCUCGAGGGGAAGGAAGGAGUGGCUGUGGGAGCUGUCAAGUCGCACAGCUCUCCGACGAGUACCGUUGACUUUAAUGAUUUCUCCCGUCAGUUGAGUCGUCUUCGAGUGGGCCUCGGUAGCUGCGAGUCUUACGGCGUGUUCGGCGCGAUACGAGGAUGUCGUCUUCGGGUGAUUUCGGAAAUCCACUGCGGAAAUUCAAGCUCGUCUUUCUUGGGGAGCAGAGCGUUGGAAAGACAUCUCUCAUAACGCGGUUUAUGUAUGACAGCUUUGACAAUACGUAUCAGGCAACGAUAGGUAUAGACUUUUUGAGCAAGACUAUGUACCUUGAAGACCGAACUGUGAGAUUGCAGCUUUGGGACACUGCGGGGCAGGAACGGUUCCGUUCGUUGAUCCCUAGCUACAUCAGAGACUCCACCGUAGCAGUAGUAGUGUAUGACAUUACCAAUGCGAAUUCCUUUCAUCAAACGUCAAAGUGGAUCGACGACGUUCGAACGGAGAGAGGAAGCGACGUCAUUAUCAUGCUCGUCGGAAAUAAGACGGACUUGAGCGAUAAGCGACAAGUUUCCACUGAAGAAGGGGAGCGAAAGGCUAAGGAGCUAAAUGUGAUGUUCAUCGAGACCAGUGCUAAGGCUGGGUAUAAUGUUAAACAGCUGUUCCGAAGAGUGGCGGCAGCUUUACCUGGUAUGGACUCCACCGAGAAUAAGCCUCCAGAAGACACUGUCGACCUGCAGAAUCAGUCUCCUAUGCAGAACGGCGCCGAGUCGGAAGGCGAGAGUGGAUGCAUUUGCUAGGGUGGUGCUACAUUCAGCUACGUGGCCUGAAAGCGAGCACAACUAAUUACGCAAGCACGAGCACUCGGAAAGAACGUAGCGGAUCCAUCGCACACACCAUUGCGGGACGCUGGGACUCUUCCGGCACGUCCUUAGAGCCAAGUGCGACCUAUCUGCGCCCUCGAUAAUGCGCACACCGCGAUUCUUCAUCUCCCCAAGCAAUCCGGAAUACUUUGAAACCGCUUAUUAGUAGCAGAAAUAUGCUCGAGCUCAAGUAACACGUAUGCGGAGCCCCGUAAUUGAGUAGAAACUAAUGAAGUCCGACGAGCCGCUUGACCGCCCUCGAAGCGAGUAACUUUAAGGCGAUGUGAAAGUGGCGGUAAAGAGGUCUCCUUUGUCAAACUUAUCCGCAUUGGGUGGGCCGAAUAGCUUCAAACUUUAGAUUAUAAAUGUGGAGGCUAUAUGGAAGGUUCCGUGGCGUUUGAAUUUCUUUUAACAUUUGUUAUUGAGAAAAAAAUGAAAUUUAAUGGGUGUCAGGAUACUCCUUACAGUCUACACGUUCAUGUUCUAAUGUUUGAUUCGGUACACCUAGGUUGGAAAGAAGUUUUGCGAUGGAUUGACCGCUCGGAUGCCACUUUUAUAUUAUCUUAAGGCGAUGCAAGAGUGCCGUCUAAGAGAUCGGUCGCGAAGGUUUUCUUCAAGCUGAGUGUAUCGACAUUGUCUGUAAUUUCACUAGGUGAAUGUGGAGGAACUGAGGAAGGCCCCGACGCUUGUGACGUUUCAUGUUGAUAAAGGAUUUAAAAGUGUUUAGGAAGAAGUUUAAAAGGUAAAUGAAAUUCCAUGAGUGUCGGGACCGUCCUUAAGGGCCUCGCAUUCACGUGGGGAAAUUUCAAACUACUCUUGAUAAGGUAGCGACUUCUUAGACGGCACUUUCAUGCCACCUUAACACUAGAACUCCCGGAGAUCACACUUCUUAGGUCUUGAGGUGUACCCAAGGGGAGAAAUUCAUAUUUCAGAGUAAAAAGAUACAAAGUAUAGAAACAUUACCAAGGGAUGUUGUCAUGAUGGGAUAGUUCUAUCGAAAGUCAAUAUUUCAGCGUUUUACUCCAUUAAGAACGAAUGAUAUAGAAGCGCAAAUGCGUGCUCAGGUAAAAAACAUACCUGUUGGGAGUUCUAGCGUUAAGUCGUUCUGAUUGUUUCUCGAGUAUAGGGAAAUAGUGUUUUGGAACGUCUUGUGUGCAUUGCCACAAUUGCUCUUGGUGUUUCCCGUUCAGUUCGCCUUAUCUAGAGAAGCUAUGGGGUAUCAGUGUUUUCCGUUUGUCAGAGUACUUGGGAUUUUCUCUGUAAUGGCGAAGUGCGAUGUCAGAAGGCGCUUCAUGGGAAGAUUGCUCGAACAGGGCAAGACGGAACUUAAUUUCUAGGGAAUUGUUUUUGAUAUUGUUCGAUGUCUACAUUGAAAAACUGCGUUUAGCUUUAAUGGAAAUUUGCUUAUCGCGCGAUAUUCUAUAUUAUUGCACAUAAAUAUGUAUACAUACGCCAGUAGGUGAAAAAGCUUUACGCGAAUAUUUAUGAGCUCGUUUUCGGCAGAUAAACUGAUCGUGCAUUAUCUCACAAUUGUCAGAGGGGCUAAAGUGGAAUUUAGAGCGUGGAGUACCAAUUUCAAGGUGGCGUAAUUCUUACAUUACUGUCGUGUAUCAUUUAUCUCGUCCAGUAUUCUCGAGGAGGUUCGAAAGUGGAUUGGUAUAAUUUCAUACGAUUUACGAUUUCAUAUUCAAAAUGGAUUGGUAUACUUUCAUUCGAUUUACGAUUUCAUACCAAAAUGGAUUGGUAUAAUUUCAUACGAUUUCCGAUUUCAUACGAAAAUGGAUUGGUAUAAUUUCAUACGAUUUACGAUUUCAUACGAAGAUGGAUUGGUAUAAUUUCAUACGAUUUCCGAUUUCAUACGAAAAUGGAUUGAUAUAAUUUCAUACGAUUUACGAUUUCAUACGAAAAUGGAUUGGCAUAAUUUCAUACGAUUUACGAUUUCAUACGAAAUG